CCCUGAUUGUGAGCCGCCGCCGGGAGAUGAUGGAGAUGCUGCGGGCGAGGAUGCUGCGCUCCGUCCCCUGGUUCCUGCUGAGUGGAAUGACUGCGCUCUGCUUCCUGCAAGGAGUGCCGGUGCGGAGCGGGGACGCAGGCUUCCCCAAAGCAAUGGACAACGUGACGGUGCGGCAGGGGGACAGCGCCAUCCUCAGAUGCAUGCUGGACAACAGAGUGACCCGCGUGGCCUGGCUGAAUCGUAGCUCCAUUUUAUACACCGGCAAUGACAAGUGGUCCAUAGACCCCCGAGUGGUACUUGUGGCCAACACCAAGAGCCAGUACAGCAUUGAGAUCCAGAAUGUGGGCAUUUAUGACGAGGGACCUUAUAUCUGCUCCCUGCAGACAGACAAUCACCCCAAAACCUCCCGCGUGCACCUCAUUGUACAAGUCCCCCCUACAAUAGUGGAGAUCUCAUCAAAUAUUGUUGUUAAUGAAGGAAAUAACGUCAGUCUGAGCUGCAUUGCCACAGGGAGGCCCGAGCCAGUGGUGAACUGGAGGUACUUGUCACCCAAAGCACAUGGCUUUAUGAGUGAAGAUGAAUAUCUGGAGAUCACAGGAAUCACACGGGAACAGUCUGGGGUAUACGAAUGCAGCGCUGCCAAUGAUGUCUCUUCCCCAGACGUCCGAAGGGUUAAAGUUACAGUCAACUAUCCACCCUAUAUUUUAGAUGCACGGAACAUUGGUGUUCCAUUGGGCCAUCAAGGGAUUCUGCAGUGUGACGCACUGGCUGUCCCUACAGCUGAAUUUUUCUGGUACAAGGAAGACAAAAGGCUGAGCGACUCCAGGAAAGGAGUGAAGGUGGAGAACAGAGAGACAUUUUCUCGUGUAACAUUCUUCAAUGUUUCAGAACAAGACUAUGGGAACUACACAUGUGUGGCCAUGAACCGGUUGGGACACAGCAAUGCCAGCGUUAUUCUGUUUGAAAAAUUCCAGUCCACCAGCUCACCCUUGCUGCAAGAAGAGACCACAGCUGCCUUGACCCCCCCUAAAGGCCCUGGAGCAGUUCACGAUGGGAACAGUGGCUCUUCUCGAUGUCUCCUCUGCACUCCUCUGUUUCUCCUCUUCUUCGUGCUUUGUCUGUCUCUUCUACUUCCACCUGCCCAGUUUUGACAAAUGCAAACCAUCGUCUGAGGUCCUCACAAGAGGGAAACAACAAUUCUAAAAUAAAACAAGUGUAAUAAAAAGAAAUUACAAAAUCUGAUGUCGCAAAAUAUAAAGAAAAAAAACAAAAAACACAACAAAAAAAAACUGCAAGUGAUUGUUUAAACAAGGAAACCACUGAGAGAAAACACCACAAUCUGCACCUUCUUGGUGAAGGGACUUUUGCAGGAUACAACCAGGGGGGAACGGGCAGAUCCAAGGACUGAGCUGAGCCGGUCAACUAGCCACAAGUCAGCGCUCAUGAAACCAUGUGACUUUGUUCUAUUCAUUUCAGAAGGACAUCACACAUCUCUCUGUCCCUGAUUAAGCAAACCAUGGACCGUGUCUCUCCACUUUAUCUCCAGGGAACUGCUGGGUGAUCAGUUAUGCAAUCCCCUUUCUGCAACUAAGACACUUACAGAGCAUAGCUCAACCCUACUUACUUGCUGGGGGACUGGCUGAGCAAUACGUAAACUUUCCACUGCUGGGGAGAUCGAUAUGUCUUCUGGUAUAUUUCUCUCUAGUAUGUCCUGGAUUAGUGGAGCUGCCGCCUGUAGGUCUUCCUUGUUGAAAAAGGGGAUUGUAUUGAAUGUUAGAGUGAGUGCUGUUGCCAUAUGCUCAGAUGCUGCUUGUGAAGUGUACCCAACAUAUUUCUAUAUGAAUGUCAGCUAAAAAAGAUGGAAAAUAUGAGAUUUGAUUGUAUGGACAAUAGGAACAUAGGUUGUGAAGAGCAGGACAGAUGUGGCAAGGUCUUCUCGAAGGCCGGUGGUUCAUUCAUUUGUUAGUUGUCCUUUAAUCUGAUUAUGAUGUCAGUGAGAUUAUAUUUUUAUUUUAUUUUCUGAUGACCAAGGGGUAGGAACAGGCUGAAAUAUAUAUGCAUGAUGUCACAGGCAAAGGCUUGAGAUGGUCAUAAUUAGCAUGGACACAGUUGGAUCUCCAGCCUUGAAUUGUAUAGAGGUAAGGCUACAAAGCAGCGCAGACACACUGUCCUGUGGGUCAUGUUCUCCAGAUCUGAUAAGCUCAAGAUGAAAUGUAGGACCACACAGCAACUGAUAUCAUAGUGAAUAAGCACAUGCAGGCAACCAUCACCAACGCAGCACCAGCACUGUCCACUCACGUACAAGACUUGUGACAGCAGAUGCAGAUGAAGGAAGUUUGUAGAUAGAUUCCCACAUCAUGUGAGGUAAUAUAGAGCUUUUCAUCCAUUGGCCAAUCAGCAGCAUGACGACCACUGAAUGAUCUAAUUAGAUUAAGAGAUGAAUGAUAUGGAUGUAUCAUGGGGCAUUCCCCUCAGAUGGUUAAAGGGGUUGUCCUGGAUUAGAAAAACAUGGCUGCCUUCUUCCAACAAUAGCGCCACACCUGUCCACGUGUUUUCUGUGGUAUUUCAGUUCUGUAAUAUUCACCUUUUAAUAGAGUCUAGCUGCAAUACCAGACACAAACAGUUUUCAGGGACGGUGCUAUUUAUGAAAGGAGACAGUUAUGUUUUUCUUGGAAAACCCCCUUUAAGAUCCGUGUCCCAGCUAUGUGUGCCAGUGUUUCACAACUUUCAGAAGUGGACUUCCCAAGUCCAAACUCACAAACUGCACCCAACCCAUGAACUCAUCAUAACUCCUGAAGCCGUAUCCAGAGGCCUUGAUUAUAAUUUUUGUGUUUAGAGCCCAGCUCUGCAGCACUGCUGCAUGCACACAAUCUGAUAAGUAGUAAACCCCUCCCCGGAAUCUAUGUUCUUCAGCUUCCCUUUGGGUGUUAGCUAGUUACAUAGAAACCUUUUGUCUUCCUGUGUGAGUGACCACAGCUUGGCUACCAGCAUUGAAGUGAUCAUAAGAUGUUCUCUACCAGAUAUGAGGCUGUCUUUCUAUGCUGCACCCACUGGUGUCUAGGGUAAGAAUUUUGCAGAAUGAAUGCAUUUUCAGAGGGCGGCAGGUGUAUAUGGACAAGAGAGUUGGCAAGUAAGGGCUUUCAGUGUACUAGGAGGGAGGCCAGGUGAUGUUAUUUGUGUGGGUGAGACACGUGCACAGACCACUGGCACAUUAUUGAAGCAGUCUCCUCCCCAGCGCCAUGCUUCCUCAUAUGUUCAGGUGAUUUAUAGCCCAGAAACUUGCUGAGCACAAACACUCUGCUGUCACCUCCUUCAUGGUUUGGUUUUUUGCAUGGACCUUGGUUCUUUCCUGUGUACCGAUUCAUCACUGGAGAUAUAAUUGAUGUAUAUACCUGUGUACAGCACAAGGGCAGGUACCUGUCCAAAUAUCCCUCUGACCUAGUAGUGGAGAAGUGUUACCAGCCCCGUCCCUGACAUUUGCUAGGUCUGUAUAUUUCACAUAUGUGAUGCCUAAGAUACAGGUCAACAAUUUAUCCACCAAAUAUUUAAGGUGCGGGGGGUAGGCCAGGAGUUGAGGUUCAGCCUUGGUCAGAUGCAGCUUGAAAUAUUAGUUAUCUCAGAAGUCCUAAGUAUACAGUGGAGAUUUCACUCCUGGUGACUGAAACACUACAAGGAAUCUAGUGUUAAAGAAGCCUCAAGAGACAAAGUCUAACAAAGUUCAUAUUGUGACACCUGGGGAAUAUUAUAACCCUUAGCAUCCGCUGGUCAGGCUGAACUCUUUGAACAUUAUAUUUCUAUUACAUGCAGACAAGAGAACGUGGAGCAGAAUAGAAAAUGAUAAGAAACUUCUUUUGGAAGAGCUGCACAAGUUUCUCAAAGUCAUAAGAUUCCACCACAGCUAAAUGCAAGGGUUGUGACUGUAAAUGCUAGAAAACACUAAAUUAUCUCAAAGGGAAUUACUAAUGGCUUCUGCUGAUCCAUGUCCUGGGGACUCACAGAAUGAACGUCGCCCCUGUACCUCACACUGUAUACAGCAGGAGGAGAAUUUAUACAGAUCCUGUGCGGUGCAAAGAAUGUAAGCUCCUCAGAGCAGGGUCUGCCAUCCUCCACCUCAUCAUUUAGUAGCCGUCCUUCUCACUAUUGUUUGUUACUGUAUUAUAUUUUCUUUAUAUUUGUAAUAAUCUUGUAAAGAGCUGAGUACACUGUUAACAUAAUAUAAAUAUACUGAGACAUACAUACCACAGUC